AUGGGAGACGGAGGACAAAGGCGCAGAUGGGAAUACUGGUGUGUUGCUCUGCGUUUCUCUUUGCUGCUGUGCUUCGUGGAGCAGGUUUUGGCUCAGAUAAGGUACUCUAUUCCAGAGGAGGUGAAAGAGGGAUCCGUUGUUGGAAAUGUUGCUAAGGAUUUGGGUCUUGACGUCAGUACUUUGUUGGAGAGGCGGUUUCGAAUCGUUUCUGGAUCUAAGGACGCUCUUUUACAGUUAAAUCAGAACAAUGGCGUCUUGUAUGUUCAUAAGAAUAUCGACAGAGAGGAGCUCUGUGAAGGCACUGGCGUGUGCUUGAUAGACCUUGAAAUUGUAGUUGAAACCCCGCUUGAAGCCCAUUAUGUAGGUGUAGAAAUCACAGAUGUGAAUGAUAAUUCACCUAAUUUUCCAGAAAAGGAACAUAAAUUUGAGAUAGCUGAGCAUACCCCUCCAGGUACACGGUUCCAAUUACAUGCAGCUCGUGAUCCUGAUGUUGGGAUGAAUUCAGUUCAUACCUAUAAAAUAACGUCUAACGAUCAUUUUGAAAUCGAUGUGCGGCAAAGCGACGAGGACAAAAUACCGUUUUUAGUUUUAAAGAAGUCGCUAGAUAGGGAACAAAACCACAACUACACGCUUCUCCUAACAGCGAUAGAUGGAGGUAUUCCUCAAAGAUCAGGCACCCUAAAUGUUACAAUUGUUGUUCUAGAUAGUAAUGAUAACCGUCCCGUCUUUAGUCAGGAUACAUAUAAUGUUAGGAUACAAGAAAACGUUGGAGUUGGUACAGUUGUUAUUAGAGUAAAUGCAACUGAUGCAGAUGAAGGAAGUAAUAGUGAGGUUGAGUUCAGCCUGGGGAAAACCUUAAGGAGAAAAGUCUAUGAUAUGUUUGAACUGGAUAGGCUAACUGGAGACAUUAGAGUUAAAGGUGAGGUGGACUUCGAGGACACAGAGGUGUAUAAAUUAGAUGUUCAGGCCUCGGACAAAGGACAACCUCCACUGACUGUGGAAUGUAGAGUGAUCAUAAAGAUAAUCGAUAUUAAUGACAAUGAGCCAGAAAUUGAUGUAACAUCCCUCUCUAAUACAGUUUCUGAAGAGUCCAAACCAGGAACUGUUAUUUCUCUCGUCAGUGUCACAGAUAAAGACUCUGGUAUUAAUGGUAAAGUGAUUUCAAGUAUGUCGGAGAAUAUACCUUUUGAAUUGAAGCCAUCAUAUAAAGAAAACGUAUAUUCUGUCGUCACAAAGGGACGUUUAGAUCGAGAACUCGUCUCCCAUUAUGACAUCACUAUAACAGCCACUGACUGUGGUCAGCCUCCUCUGUCCACAUUCAAAACUCUGAGCAUCCAGAUAUCAGAUGUGAACGAUAACAGUCCAGAAUUCUCCCAAAACCCUAUUGAGCUGUACUUAGUGGAAAAUAACGCCCCUGGUGCAUCCAUAUUCUCUGUAAUCGCUUCUGAUAAAGACUUGAAUGAAAAUGCUGCUAUUUCAUAUCACACAAUUAGAGGAGAAGGGACACAGAACGAUAUGACAUCUUUCUUGAAUAUCAAUUCUGACAACGGACUUAUUUCCGCUCUAAAAAGCUUUGACUUUGAAACCCUCAAAACAUUUAAAUUCCAAGUUGUAGCUACAGACUCUGGAAUUCCGUCACUAAGCAGCAACGUCACAGUGAAUGUGUUCAUCCUGGAUCAGAACGACAACGCUCCAGUGAUCUUGUAUCCAGUCAGCGCUAACGGUUCCACUGAAGGUGUGGAGGAGAUUCCCCGCAAUGUGAACGCAGGCCAUUUGGUGACUAAAGUGAGAGCCUAUGACGCUGAUAUAGGAUAUAACGGCUGGUUAUUAUUUUCACUGCAGGAAAUUACUGACCACAGUAUAUUUUCUUUGGACCGCUAUACAGGACAGAUAAGGACACUUCGGUCGUUCACAGAGACAGACGAGACAGAGCACAAACUGGUCAUACUGGUAAAAGACAAUGGGAACGUUUCACUCUCAGCAACAGCUACUGUGAUUAUCAACGUUGUGGAGCCCAAAGAGGCUUUUGCAGCUUCUGAUGUUAAAAGCGCAGUAAAAGACGAGGAGGAGAACAGCAUUACAUUUUAUUUGAUCAUAACUUUGAUGUCAGUUUCAGCACUUUUUAUCAUCAGUAUCAUCGUGUUGAUUGUAAUGCAGUGCUCCAAAGCCCCAGUCAAUUCCUCCAAGUAUUUACAAGAUGUGAAUUACGACGGGACACUGUGCCACAGCAUCCAGUACCGAUCCGGAGACAAACGGUACAUGUUAGUUGGACCCAGAAUGAGUAUAGGUUCUACUAUAGUCCCGGGCAGCAAUGGGAAUACUCUAGUGGUACCUGACCACAGGAGGAGAGCUUCUGGAGAGGUAAGAAAUGACCCUAACCUUUACUCUCCAUAA